GCAAUGCUAUUCUUUCUUUGAUAAUGAAAAAGAAAAACAAGAUUUCUUUGGUUUGGUUGUUUUUUGAGGAGAUUUUGGCUUGUGGAAUUUGUCCUAAUGUGGGAACAUUCAAUAUUCUUCUCAAUGCGCUUUGCAUAGAGGGGAAGAUUAACAAGGCAGGGAAAUUUAUUAAGAAAAUGGAGGAAAUUGGUUACAUGCCAACAUCAGUUACUUACAAUACUUUGAUUGAUAAGUAUAUUAAAAAGGAGAGGUUCAAGGCUGCUUUUAAGCUUCUUGAAGUAAUGGGAUUGAAAGGUAUUAAGUCUGAUAUAUGUACAUAUAACAUGUUUAUUAAUAGUUUGUGUAAAAAGAAUAAUUCCUCUGAUGCUUAUUUACUUCUAAAGAGGAUGAAGACGAGGGGGAUGAAACCAAAUGAAGUCAGUUACAAUACUUUGGUUACUGGAUUGUGUAAAGAGGGUAAAACUGAUUUGGCCAUGAAGGUUUUGGAUGAAAUGUUGGCUCACGAUCUUGUGCCGAAUGGUAUUACUUAUAACACAUUGAUUGAUGGGCAUUGCCGGAAAGGGGAUUUUCAGAGAGCUUAGAGGCUUUUCGAUGAAAUGGAGGCCUUAGAGAUCGAGUUGAGUGAGGUUAGCUAUGGUGCCCUUAUGAAUGGGUUUUGUAAGGCUGGCAAGCGGAAUGAGGCCUCUAAUCUUUUGGAUAUAAUGAAACAAAAGGGAUUAAAUGCUGGGUGUAUUAUAUACACCAUUUUGAUUGAUGGAUAUUGCAAGAGCGGCCAGUUUCAUGAAGCUUUACACAUUCUUGAUAAAAUGCAAGGGUCUGGAAUUGUGCUAGAUAUUGUAACAUAUUCUUCACUUAUAAAUGGAUCUUGCAAAUUGGGGAGGGUCAAAUAUGCGAAGGAGAUCCUAUGUAAGAUGCAAAAAGGAGGACUUCCCCCCAAUAGUAUUAUUUAUGCAACUUUAAUUCACUCAUAUUGUAAACUUGGUAAAGUAUUAGAAGCCUUAAAACUAUAUGUUCAUAUAAAGAAGAGAGGCAUGAAUUUGGAUUUGAUAACUUGUAAUAUGUUGGUUGCUGCACUUUGUAAGGGUGGGAUGCUACAAGAGGCUGAGGGGUUUGUUGAUCAGAUGGGUAGGAUUGGUCCGUCUCCAGGUCUUGUUAAUUUUGAUUGUAUAAUAGAUGGUUAUUGCAAUAGAGGUGAUGUGCUCAGUGCAUUUGCGAUCUUUGACGAUGUUGUAAAAAUAGGUCAUGUUCCAGGCGUUUUCACAUACACUAGUCUCCUUAAAGGACUAUGUAAAAGUGGGAAUUUGGAUGAGGCUUAUGGGUUUAUGGACAAAUUGCACAAGAUGCCUUUGGUUCUAGAUACUAAAGUGUAGAAUACAUUAUUACAUGGGAUUUGUAAGGCUGGGAAGUUGGAGGAAGCAGUUAAAUUUUGUGACGACAUGGUUCAGAAUAAUAUAUAUCCAGAUACAUACACAUACACUAUUCUUAUUAAUGGUUUUUGUAAGGAAGGCAAAUUAGUUCCUGCAUUUAUGUUGUUUUUAUCUAUGAAGGAUAGGGGUUUGGUUCCCAAUUGUGUAACUUACACUUGUUUAAUUGAUGGAUUGAUUAAAGAAGGCCAACUAAAGUGUGCUUGUUAUCUUUAUAAAGAGAUGAGGGCCAAUGGUGUCCUUGAUAUUGUUUCUUUCAAUGUAAUGAUCGAUGGAUUCUCUCGAGGUGGCAAACUGCAAAGGGCAGAUAAACUCUUCUCGGCUAUUUUGCAAAUGGGUUUGUAUCCCAAUAGAGUAACUUAUAACAUUCUUAUGCACGCAUAUGCUAAGAAAGGUCUAGUAUCAAAAUCCUUGUGUUUGUACAAAGAAAUGGUUGAGGAUGGUUUUGCACCUGAUAUUUUAACUUAUAAUGCCCUCACUCUUGGUCUCUCUGACACUGGCAUGGCAGAUAUUGGGGUAAAAUUGUUGGAAAAAAUGAUUCGAGGAAAUGUGAAUCCCGAUCACUCAAUAUUCAACAUUCUUAUAAAGAAAUUCAGUGACAAGUGUGAUAUGAAGAAUGUUUUUAAGCUUGUCACAGUUAUGAAUAAUUUAGGGGUUCUUCCUGAUUCGGGUACAUUUACUACUGUCCUUGAGGGUCUAAAUAGAAAAGGGGAGUUCCAAGAAUCUUGUAAGCUUCUGCAUGCCAUGUUAAAGGGAGAGGUUCUUCCCAACCAUAGAUCUUAUAUAACUUUAAUCAAUGGGAAGUGUAGAGAGGGUGAUAUCCAGGGGGCAUUUAGGCUUAAAGAAGAGAUGGAGAAACUAGGCUUAGUCCCACGUGAUGUUUCUGAGAGUGCCGUAGUGCGGGGGCUGUGCAAGAGCCAAAAGCUCGAAGAAGCCAUGUUGCUCUUUGAUAACAUGCUUCAGAUGGGGCUGGUUCCCACCAUUGCCACUUUUACCACUCUCAUUAAUGCACACUGCAAAGAAGGCAAGCUUGCUGAGGCUCUAAGGCUAUGUGAUGUGAUAGAACAAUGUGGUAUGAAUCUUGAUGUUGUGAUUUAUAAUGUUGUAAUCACUGGACUAUGUAACAAUGGCCGUAUAGCUGUUGCAUUUGAAUUUUAUGAAGAUAUGAAGAGGGAACGCCUAUGGCCCAAUAUUACCAUGUACACUGUGCUUAUAGAAGCUCUUCUUAAGGAAAUUGAUCAGUCUAAAGGGGAGUUGCUUUUGAUGGAUAUAAGGGAAAGGGGUCUUAUUUCUUACGAAAACAUAAAUCUUGGAGUGCAUGAGAGGUUGUAUCGUGCUUUGAGAAGAUUGAAUGGCUUGAGGCGAUGCAAGAAAAUGACAUUAUAUGGGGAAAAGUAGGAGAUUAGUUUGUUCUUAGGUGAUUAGUCACCCUUACUCUUAACUGGAAAGCACAACAGGCAAACCUUCGCCGCCUGGUGAUUUCGAGGUCUUAGACAUGCACUCUUGCUUCUCGGUACAAAAACAACAUUUACCAAUCUUAAAAGCAAAAUAUUAGGAAAGAAAUUGUAUUCAAUCACAGGAAGGCUGAUUGGCACGAACAAUUUCAGGGUAACUAUAGUAAAUGCAUCAAUCUGAUGCUUGUGAGUAGCUUUUUCUACUCAGAGCCAGUAUUUCUUUCUUGGACGAUGAGGAUCACUAUUCUGGAACAGACCUCCAAUGACAAGGAUAAAGGUAGGCCACUGCCAAAAUUUGGUGAAUGGGCUGUUAAUGAUGCAGCUUCAGCUGAGGGGUUCACAGUGAUAUUCAAC